AUGAAUUCGUCCACUUCGAACGUGCUGGGAAACGGUCGCCAUCGCCGUCAAAUUUCCACCCCAGCUGCCCCAUUCGACGCGCCAUUCAUGGGCAAUAUGCAACCCCGUCGGUCACAUCGUCGCGGCCAGACUAUGGACUACAGCUCCUUCAGUCACCAGGCCACUAUGGACCGCCACCAGCCGAAGACGGUCUCGCAGCUGCGAGACUACUUUAACGAAAAAGCAGGUUUCCACUCCCAGAGAGAGGUACAGCAGUAUCAAUCUUAUGCCCAACAGCCCGAGCAGUCAUUUUUCCCAUCAGGCAUACAGGUUCAACAACCUUGCCAAUAUCAGAACCAGCCCUCGCUCGGGUCUGAUUGCCAGGCUUUCAACCAAGAACAAUUGCAAGCGAUCCACACCACCACUGGCAGUCCUGCGCCCUCUUCCGUCGGCGCCCCAGCGCUAUCUCGAUCCUCCAGUGAAAGCUCUGACAACACGCCAUUGAAACUUGCGCUCCAGCGCAUGCAGCAGGAGCAAUUCUCAAAUCAGCAACACCAACAAUUUGCUGGCAAUGCCGACUGGGAAUUGUUCCCUCAGCCCAAUAUGCAAAUGGUCCAGAAUGAGCAGGUGACGGCCUAUGCCGGAUCCAUGCAUCCAGUCUCUGUUCAACCAAAGGCUCCAUCUGCGAAGAUUUUGUCGCAGAUCUCUACUGCUUGUACGGACCUUUCGUCUUCCUUGGCAUAUGGCUGGGCUAACGAGAUCGCAGACAACUCCCCAUUGACCCCCGAUGCUACCCCAUUGAAAAGAUCCAUUGAUUAUUCCAUGUACAGCAAUGACCCCACCCCAACCAAGUCCCACAGUUUCUCAUUCCCUCAUCACCCCGUUGCUUCCGAUAUGCAAAGAUCUCAGUCCCUGCAAGGAGCGCCUUAUGUCCAGUCUAUGCAAAUGAAGCACCACAUGCCCUCGCCUGUCAAUUCCCCGGUUACCUCGUCGUUCACCGAAGUUGCGGAUAUGCCAUCCCCAAAUGGCUAUGAAGUGACUCCGCAAAAGACCACCGCUUCGAUCACGCCCUCCACCGGCCGUUCCAAGAAGCGCGGCUUGUCUACUGCGUCUUCUUCUCCCAUGCCACCUGCCUUCGACAGCGACCUCGACGCUCGAGUCAAGGCCUCGGUUCAGCAGACCGGCGUUUCGAUUGACGAGAUUGCCAAGUACAUCUCCGGCCCCGAUCCUAAAGAUGGAAAGUGGGUCUGUCUCUUUUCAGGCUGCCUCUGCCGCUUUGGUCGCAAGGAGAACAUCAAGUCCCACGUCCAGACCCACCUCGGAGACCGUCAAUUCAAGUGCGACAUCUGUGAAAAGCACUUUGUGCGCGGCCACGAUCUCAAGCGUCACCUCAAAACCCACAGCGGAAACAAGCCCUUUGCCUGUGCCUGCGGUGCCAGCUUCGCCCGACAGGAUGCGCUCACCCGUCACCGCCAGCGGGAUAUGUGCGUUGGAGGAUUUACUGGAGUCGUCCCGAAGACCACCAAGCGCGGCCGCCCCCCAAAGAAGAAGACCAGCCGACCGGAUAUCGACACUCGCCAGGCCAAGUCCAACCGUACUCGUCAGCGCGCCGCUGAGAAGUCCGCCUCUAUCGCCCCCGUCAAUAGCCAUGCCACUCUGCAAGAAGCCCCUGUGUUUAACUCGCCAAACUAUGCCCCGUCCACACUCGUCUCAUCAUUUACUCCGCCCACCUCGCCCGGGGACACCUACAACCCCGUCUCCUCACCAUGCCAGACCUACAGCUCCCUGGACGUCAAGUUCGAAGAUGACAUGCUGCCACUGUCACCACCGCAGCUCGCGCACGCCAGAUACGAGCAAGCAAUGGCUCAGUACGGCUCAAACCUCAGUUCGCAGACCUACUCGCAGAAAUCUCUCUACAGCGACUCGGCGCUCUCCCCGCGCGAGAUGUCCUCCCCGCGCACAGCGCCCACACUCGCCGAGUCCUCUGUCGGCUCCGAGAUUGACAUCUUCAUGACACAAGACCCCUCCGACGACCUGCGCGAGGAAUUUGGCCAUCUAGCCCACUCAGGACUCUCCACAUUCCCGAGCUACCAGUUCAUUGACACAAAUGACUUCGCGGCAUCUUCCUACUACCCCGAGAAGACCUUCCCCGGCCUUCCCAUGGAUGACAACCUGACAGAUCCCAUCGACUGUCUGUCAAGCGAGUUCCUGGUCGACCCCUGA